UCUAAGCUCACCCCAACAAAAAGACCUCAGAAGCAAGUCUCACAUCAUUCCUGUCUCCUUGCUCGAGGAUGGCAAACCCCGCUUCGAGCCAGCUGGUUCAACACCUGGCGGACCGAGCCCUCACUCCCAUCGUCUCCUCUUCUCGGGCCCCCUCUGCCAACAACCACAAUCCGCAGUCGCAAGCUCAAGCGCAAGCACUGGCGUCUCUCACAACAACUGCAAUUACAGCCUACGAUACAGCUUCCAGAUUAGGUCUUGGUCUACCGCAGCGAAUCAUGAUUGAGACGCAAUCCUCGGGUCCAAUCAUACUCCAUUCGUAUCUCAAUCCACCAUCGGUGCAGCGAGCACCAACAGUAUACGUAGAUCAUCACGAGGAUGUACGAGGCAUUGUGGAACAGGCACGGGAAGAUCUGAGGCCCUUAUCUGGGACUACAGACACUGAAGGCAUGGGCGAACACGGAGACAACAGCGAAGUACUGGUCAAUGGGGACCCUGGUGGUGCCGAGGACGCGGAGGAAAGCUCUGUCCAGCCACUGCCGAUGUUGAUUGCUUCAGUUGUAGCGCCCACUGCUGCAGAUGCAGUAUAUGCAAGAAGAGCGGCCGCGAGAUUAGAGCAGACUGGGAGAAUUGUCCAGAGGGAAUGGAUAAGGGAACAUGAGGGGUCACAUGCGGCGGUUGCAGAUGGCGAAGAUGGUUGAGAAAUCUUACCAUGCCACCAUGAAGCUUGUAAGAUCGAUCCUUUUGGGGGCAAAAGUCCUGAGCAGAUGCUAGAGAUGGUAAGGAGUGAUGAAAGAGGUUUAUCCUGCAGCCUCCAGAUUGGCUCCAGAGACAUCUGGUGAUGGCUACUUCGUCAAUGAACGAAGGGGAGGACGGCGCAGUGUGGAGUAUUAUACUCCCAGGGCUAGAGCUGGGGAUACAUCUGGGUAGGUAUCACAAGUAGAGGGCCGGAGAAGUCACCCAAUAUACCGCAUGCAAAUGAAUUGCCUCGUA